AUGCAGAGCCUCGCGUUGGACUACUAUGCCCUGGAUGCGCUCGAUGCGCUCGCGGGGGCGGGCAGCCCCAGCCCCGUUGAGGACCUUCCCGUGGCGCGGGUGGACUGGCUGUGGGAUGCUCCUCCACUGGCGGCCGCCCUGAUGCACGUGCGCUGCCCCAUGGAGUUGGAAGCUGAUCUCCCGGAUCUCGCAUUGCACUUGGGACAAAGAAGCGACAAUGAAGCACCGGAAGCGACAAAGACAAGGCACAGCUUUGCGCGGCCGACGAUUAAGGAGUCCUGGCAGUUACAGGCUGCAGACCAGCUCCUGGGUCCGGAUGUGAUGGAGCAGCUACACCUCCACAGCCUAGCAUGGCUGUCGGAAAACGCAGUUCGGAUUCAGGAGAGUCUGUCAUUGCAAGAAAGACUUCAGAUGAAAGAAAUGGAUGAGCAAUGUGCAUGGAUGAAUGACAUGGCUGCAGCCAACGGGUCACAGGCUGAUGAUUGCAAGCUGCCGCCUGAGGAGCUCCUUCCAGGAUUUGCGACUCAGAAUCAGAGAACUGUUGGCAAGAUGCAAGUGGACGCAGGCUUUGCAGGCCAUGCUGCCAACACCCAGAUGACUGCCCCAGCUGCAGCAUGUGACUCAAAGCGGGACAAGGGCGCGCUGCCACCUGAUGGGAGGAUGCCAGGCUUUGCCAUGGGCAAGCAGAUCGCUGCCAUUGCUGCAAAUGGGACGCGUCAGGAUGAUGGCCAGCUGGAAGCGGAUGAACGCUUUGCAGGGCAUGCUACAAGCGCCCAGAUGACCCCAGCUGCAGCAUGCGACUCAAAGCAGGAGGAUGGCAGGCUGCCACCUGAUGGAUUGGGCUUUGCCAUGGGCAAGCAGAUGCCUGCAGUUGCUGCACAUGGGACACGUCAGGUUGAUGCCCAGCGGCAAGCCGACGCAGGCAUUGCAGGCCAUGCUACAAGCGCCCAGAUGACUGCCCCAGCUGCAGCAGACUCAAAGCGGGACAAGGGCGCGCUGCCACCUGAUGAGUUGAUGCCAGGCUUUGCUAUGGGCAAGCAGAUGGCUGCCUUUGCUGCACAUAGGACACGUCAGGAUGAUGUCCAGCUGGAAGCGGAUGCACGCUUUGCAGGCCAGAUGACUGCCGCAGCUGCAGCAUGUGACUCAAAGCGGGACAAGAGCGCGCUGCCACCUGAUGGAUUGGUGCCACGAGUUGCUAUGGGCAAGCAGAUGGCUGCCUUUGCUGCAAAUGGGACGCGUCAGGAUGAUGGCCAGCUGGAAGCGGAUGAACGCUUUGCAGGCCAUGCUACAAGCGCCCAGAUGACUGCCCCAGCUGCAGCAUGCGACUCAAAGCGGGACAAGGGCGCGCUGCCACCUGAUGGACUGAUGCCAGGCUUUGCCAUGGGCAAGCAGAUGGCUGCCUUUGCUGCACAUAGGACACGUCAGGAUGAUGGCCAGCUGGAAGCGGAUGCACGCUUUGCAGGCCAGAUGACUGCCGCAGCUGCAGCAUGUGACUCAAAGCGGGACAAGAGCGCGCUGCCACCUGAUGGAUUGGUGCCAGGAGUUGCUAUGGGCAAGCAGAUGGCUGCCUUUGCUGCACAUGAGAAACGUCGGGAAGCGGAUGCACGCUUUGCAGGCCAUGCUACCAGCGCCCGCAUGACUGACGCAGUUGCAGCAUGUGACUCAAAGCGGGACAAGGGCGCGCUGCCACCUGAUGGAUUGAUGCCAGGCUUUGCUAGGGGCAAGCAGACGGCUGCCUUUGCUGCAAAUGGGACGCGUCAGGAUGAUGGCCAGCUGGAAGCCCAUGAACGCUUUGCAGGCCAUGCUACAAGCGCCCAGCUGACUGCCCCAGCUGCAGCAUGCGACUCAAAGCGGGACGAGGGUGCGCUGCCACCUGAUGGACUGAUGCCAGGCUUUGCCAUGGGCAAGCAGAUGGCUGCCUUUGCUGCACAUAGGACACGUCAGGAUGAUGGCCAGCUGGAAGCGGAUGCACGCUUUGCAGGCCAGAUGACUGCCGCAGCUGCAGCAUGUGACUCAAAGCGGGACAAGAGCGCGCUGCCACCUGAUGGAUUGGUGCCAGGAGUUGCUAUGGGCAAGCAGAUGGCUGCCUUUGCUGCACAUGAGAAACGUCGGGAUGAUGGCCAGCUGGAAGCGGAUGCACGCUUUGCAGGCCAUGCUACCAGCGCGCGGGUGACUGACGCAGUUGCAGCAUGUGACUCAAAGCGGGACAAGGGCGCGCUGCCACCUGAUGGAUUGAUGCCAGGCUUUGCUAUGGGCAAGCAGAUGGCUGCCUUUGCUGCACAUAGGACACGUCAGGAUGAUGGCCAGCUGGAAGCGGAUGAACGCUUUGCAGGCCAUGCUACAAGCGCCCAGAUGACUGCCCCAGCUGCAGCAUGCGACUCAAUGCGGGACGAGGGUGCGCUGCCACCUGUUGGACUGAUGCCAGGCUUUGCCAUGGGCAAGCAGAUGGCUGCCUUUGCUGCACAUAGGACACGUCAGGAUGAUGGCCAGCUGGAAGCGGAUGAACGCUUUGCAGGCCAUGCUACAAGCGCCCAGAUGACUGCCCCAGCUGCAGCAUGCGACUCAAUGCGGGACGAGGGUGCGCUGCCACCUGUUGGACUGAUGCCAGGCUUUGCCAUGGGCAAGCAGAUGGCUGCCUUUGCUGCACAUAGGACACGUCAGGAUGAUGGCCAGCUGGAAGCGGAUGCACGCUUUGCAAGCCAUGCUACAAGGGCCGAGAUGACUUCCCCAGCUGCAGCAUGCGACUUAAACCAGGAUGAUCCGGCGCCAACUUUACCACCCAAUACCAGCCCGCACCAGUUGCACAAGUUGACAGGCAAAGUUGCAUCGCAGACAGAGGGUCUUCCUGAAGAAGAAAAAGAGGAUAUUUCCAUGCUUCUGAGCCACCGAGGUGAUGCACCAGCGCAGCAUUCAAAGGAGAAUUUGAGCCGGGUGCCAGAGAAGAUGCUGUCUGAUGUGUGGCAGGAAGGGGAGGGAAAGGUAGCAACUCUGGACAUGCAGAAGUUGGGUGUGGACUCCCUUGCCAGCAUAUGGAGCUUGGAAGGCCUGCCAAGGAUGCCAGCAACCAGCUUGUCAGGGCCUGCUGACCCAAAUGCUGCAUCCGUUGAAGGGCAUCUCAGGUUUCAGUGCCCCCCAGCCAUUGCCAAGGCGUGCCUGGCGAGCUGCUGGCGCUUCGGCAAGGAGGAGGUGGCCGACCUCAGCGUGCCAGAUGUCGCGGGGGCGCAGCUCCCUGGGGCCGCGGAUGUGUUUGAAGAUGGUUUGCGCUUUGAGGCUCCCCUCCGGGCCGACGAGGGCAGGGACGUUUUGCAGCUGCCAGCGGAGCCGGGGCCAUGCUUGCAGUGGAGGCAUAGUUGGGAGGAGCAUUGCAUUCAACGCCCGUCUUGGCAGCCCCGCCGAGAGACCUGGGACGCGACUUGCAGAUCCGUAUUUCAGGACCAGGGACUUGCUGCACACUUCAGGCUCUUGUGUGUGCCACAAGAGCCUCCAGCUGCAGCUGCGGCAGCAUUUGCGGACGACUCCAAUCGGAGGGCUCGUGAGGAGAUCUUCCGGUAUGCGAGGUCCCCACAGGAGGCCAAGUUGUCUCAGCAGCUGGACACCUCGGCAUCCUUGGCUUGGCUGGCGUACCGGGACAAGCUGCCAAUGCUCGAGCCUCCCUUGGCAGGCGUUCAGGAGGAGCUGCCGGACAUGACAGAGCUGCAGCGUCUGCUGAAUAUGCACGAGGAGAGGGAGGAAAAGGCUGGGGAGCGCGGCCUGGACUGCGACCUUUAUCGCCUGCUGUACAACCUGCGCGUACUGGUGCUGCUGCGGCAGGAGUUGAAAGCCAGCGGCCUACUCCAAGCGCUCCACUGCGCCCUGGCACUGGUGGCUCCGUGUCAGGCACCCAUGAAGCUCCUUGGGCAGACGCCUUUGGUGAAGAGCGCUUUGCUGACCUGCCACGAAGUGCUGCGCUCGGCGCUGGCGGGCGCCGGAUCGGAGGCGACGAGAUCUUUGCUGAAGGUGAAGGAUCUCUGCGACUUCGUGAAAUGUCCAGGCUGCCCCAACUUCCUUGUGACGGCGCCUGGCCUGAGGGGUCUGGAGGCACCCCGCGUCGAGGCCCUGAAGGCACUUCGCAAGAAAGCCAUAGACAAGGGCCAGCGGCUGGUGGUUGUCUUUGCAUCUCAGCGACUGCUGGACGCGAUUGCUGUGAUCAUUGGUGCCGACACCAGUGGCAAGGUGGCGCGGAGGGCCGAGGUGGUGGCGGUGGCGGCGCUGACGGCGCCGACUCGGUGCGAGCAGCUGCUUCAGAGCUGCGCGACAGCGUUGGUCCACGAGAGUGCCCUGGAGUUCCAAGCGGAGGCUGCUGCUCCGGCACAGCAAUCCAGCGAGAUCGUUGCAGCUUGGGAGGUGCGGCGGCUGCUGAAGCAGAGCCUGGUGGUGGCAUACCAGAGCCUUGCGAUGGAGACCGCGCAGAUGCUCGUCCACUUCCGCCUGGAGCCACAUGCAGAAGAAGCUGCACUUGCCACGGAUCAGGGAAAUCGAGCACUGGAAGACGUCCCAGCUCCCAGCUCCGUUCCCGGAGCCGACCCCGCGAUGCCCGAGGAUAGGCCGACACUGAUGGUUGGAGCACACCUGCUGCACGCGCAAGACUUGCUGCGCGAGCUUGAGGCGCAGGGCCUGCGGGUCCUGGAGCGCGAGGUGCUGGCUGCGAGCUCGCCGGACCUGCUGCUGGGCCCCCGCAGCUGCUGCUUCCUGCGCAGCGCACAUCUGCUGCGGGGCCAGGAGCAGGACCUCUGUGACCGCAUCCAGCGGUCUCUUCUCGCCUUUGAAGAGGUGCUGCUGCUGAUAGUGCUGGAGUCGGAGAGCGCGCAAGACAAGAGGGCAUGUGAGGACCUCCUUGGAGCACUUCGAAUGCAGCAUUCGGAUAGGGCGCUGCGCGCCAGUUCUGUGCACGUUCGGGAUUUGGUGCAGCUCUUGGCAAAGCAGAUAGAAGCCACUUGUGCUGCUGGACGUGGACUUGGAAGUGAUUACAAGGAGAGCGAGCCCGAGGAGUUGCCGCGCCUGGCGCUGCGCCCAGGGCUCAACGCGGCCCUCGCAGAGCGUCUCCUGGCAGAGCGCGCGGAGCGCGCGGAGGUCGAGGCGCCGGAGGUCGAGGCGCCGGUGCUGGCGCCAGUGCGGACAGAGCGGACGGCGCACUGGGCCGAAGGAUUGGGCCGUGCCCCAGGUGCUCUGGUGCAUCAACCCGCGGUGCGCCCUGGUCCAUCUCACAGAGCGGAGCACCUUGUUCAAGUCCGACGGCCAGACCCGGACUCCGACCAAGAAGUCCAGACGCCACAGCAGAAGCCAGCACCGGCAUACCGGGCAGAGGAGCUGCUUACUCCGCCUGAUCGUAUCAUGGCACCGACCAGAAUGCGCUCCGCCUCCGCCUUUCAUGGGCAGGAGCCCAGGGAAGAGAAACAAUUGCAGUUUCCUGAUUGGAUGGAAGGGGAAGCCACUCCGCAGCUUGUCGCGCAGCUUGCGUCGCACCACAGCUGUCCAUCACAGUGCGAGGCGCAGUGGCCGGCGCUGCUGCCGCAAAAGCGACCCUUCGAAGAUGAGCUCUCUCAGGCUUUGCCCAACAGACCCCCGGACAAGGCGUACAACAAACACACCUGGCAGAUCUCAAAUGAGAAUCGUCACAGAUCACAAUUUCCGGCACAUCCGCCCGGGGGAUUAAGGGGUGUGCAGACGCUGAACCGACGCACUCGCACACCUGGCUCCCUGUUUGGAUCCAUUUGUCCUGGUCGGGAUUCGGGGUUUGAGUCAGCCAGAUGGCCAGCCAACCGCGGCUGGAUGGGCUGA